GUUGAUACAAAGACAUUCUACUUUCAAUUUCUAGAGUGUGUCUCCCCGCUCCUCCCCCAUACACUCAAGUACAACGUCAGAAUAGAAGCUUGUUGAGAGUUUCUGUACUGAAAUUGAAUGACCGGGGGGCAGUCUUUCAAAACUUUAAAUAGUUUAUGUCACGGAUGUAACAAAAGUCUAUAAAAGGGACCUUUUUAAAAAAAUAUAAUUUAUUUUCCAAACGUCCUUGAACAGCACACUACCCAAGAUAAGAUUCAUUUCUUAACCGAAUUUUUUAUUUCGCUGUGCUUUUUUAUUUAAUGUUUCAAGCUAUAUGUUCGAUGUUUGUUUAGGAGGACAUAUUACUCUAAGGUAACUAAGGUAGGUGCUCUCACGUGAAUGAUCGCACAUAAGAUUGGUUGUGAGUUGUGAGUGGUUUUGGUGUGCCUUUGUUUUAUCUUCUACUGAUGCUGUUAUUGGUUAACGUGUGAGUUGUGAGUGGUUUUGGUGUGCCUUUGUUUUAUCUUCUACUGAUGCUGUUAUUGGUUAACGUGUGAGUUGUGAGUGGUUUUGGUGUGCCUUUGUUUUAUCUUCUACUGAUGCUGUUAUUGGUUAACGUGUGAGUUGUGAGUGGUUUUGGCGUGCCUUUGUUUUAUCUUCUACUGAUGCUGUUAUUGGUUAACGUGUGAGGUGUGAGUGGUUUUGGCGUGCCUUUGUUUUAUCUUCUACUGAUGCUGUUAUUGGUUAACGUGUGAGUUGUGAGUGGUUUUGGCGUGCCUUUGUUUUAUCUUCUACUGAUGCUGUUAUUGGUUAACGUGUGAGAUGUGGGUGUUUGGUGGUUUAUGAGAUAACGGCUGUGUGAGCGAACAUAAAUUCAACUUUUUCAGUUUCAAAUUUAAAAAAAAAAUGAGUUUCAUAACCUUAAGUUCUAAACUUGUCCACAUUUAAUGAUGGCUGACGUGUUACAAAAGAAAGAAAAAUAUAGGAACAUUGCAAUUUGUAAAUAUUUAAAUAUUAUAAGUGUAUUUUGAUUAUACCGUAUUUAUUGGCGUCUAACACGCUCUUUUUCUCCCCGAAAAUAGGGGGCAAAUCAUGUGUGCGUGUUAUACGCUGAUAUAAUGUUUAGUUUAUUUUCUUCUGAAAUUUCCUUCUUAAAUUGAGGUGCGUAUUAUACGCCAAUAAAUACGGUACUUAAAAUGUUCUAAGAUGCAUGUAACUAUGAAGAUCAUGCAGUAAGUGACAGUCGGUAACAUGGUAUAGUGACAUCACAUAAAAUCGAAUAGUGACAGUCAGUAGCAUCGUGUAGUGACAGUCGGUAGCAUCGUGUAGGGACAGUCGGUAACAUCGCAUUGUGACAUCACGUAACAUCGUAUAGUGACAGUCGGUAACAUCGUAUCUCAUUCACUGACAAACUUGUUGACAUUUAUCUCAUUCACCGACAAACUUGUUGACAUUUAUCUCAUUCACUGACAAACGUGUUCAAUAUUAUCUCAUUCACUGGCAAACUUGUUAACAUUUAUCUCAUUCACUGACAAACUUUUUCACAUCAAUCUCAUUCACUGACAAACUUGUUGACAUUUAUCUCAUUCACUGACAAACUAGUUGACAUUGAUCUCAUUCACUGACAAAUUUGUUGACAUUGUUCUAAUUCAUUGACAAACUUGUUGAUAUUGAUCUCAUUCACUGACAAACUUUUUGACAUUUAUCUCAUUCACUGACAAACUUGUUGACAUUUAUCUCAUUCACUGACAAACUUUUUCACAUCUAUCUCAUUCACUGGCAAACUUGUUGACAUUUUUCUAAUUCACUGGCAAACUUGUUGACAUUGAUCUCAUUCACCAACAAACUUGUUGACAUUUUUCUCAUUCACUGGCAAACUUGUUCAAUAUUAUCUCAUUCACUGGCAAACUUGUUGACAUUGAUCUCAUUCACCAACAAACUUGUUGACAUUUUUCUCAUUCACUGGCAAACUUGUUCACAUCUAUCUCAUUCACUGGCAAACUUGUUGACAUUGAUCUCAUUCACCAACAAACUUGUUGACAUUUUUCUCAUUCACUGGCAAACUUGUUCACAUCUAUCUCAUUCACUGGCAAACUUGUUGACAUUGAUCUCAUUCACCAACAAACUUUUUGACAUUUUUCUCAUUCACUUGCAAACUUGUUCACAUCUAUCUCAUUCACUGGCAAACUUGUUGACAUCUAUCUCAUUCACUGACAAACUUGCUGACUUAUAAGUGGUUAAAUAAAUCCAUGAACCUUCAAAGUGAUUCUGUGACGUUGACAAAUUGAAGUCUCCGGCUCUUCCACAGAAUGGAAAUCUCCAGCCUUGUGCUCAUGGUCUUAGCUGUUAUCGCAAGCACUGGUAAGUAGUUUUAAUAAUUAAAAAAUGCCUAUUAAACAUAAUGAUACAUAAAGAUUAAUUCAAUUGUGUUGAGUAAUGUCAAAUCUCUUAAAGAAUAUGCGUGAACUGAUCAAUUUUUCUUUAUAAACAUAUUUUUUAAUAUAACACAAUAUCGUGUGUUUUAUCCCACUAGACCAGUGGAUCUCAAACAUUUUCAGGUCAACGCUCCCUUAAGGCCAAAAAAUCACGCUGAGCGCCACCCUCUGUCUAUCCACCCUCUGUCCAAUCCACCCUUUCAGCCAUAUCCAAGUGAAAAUAUUGGACGGCCCACUAUUGUGGAUACAUGAACUUUUCAAAAUAAAAUAACUAUUUAACAAGAGUUUUAAUAUCUACGGUGAUUCCGGGCCAAUUAUUCUUAAAGCUCGAGAUGGGCUUGAUAAAGUGAUGGCAGUUUUCCACUGCCUGGCUUUAAGUCUCUUAGCAAAGUCUUCUUUGACUGAGUUCAUAUUUUCAUGCGAUUUCACUGGAACACCGCACACAUUACCGUGUUGGAGAAUGAAACAGGGAGUCGUUUAACAAACUUUCGAUGUGUAGAAUAUGAUAGAAACUGUCAUACUUUAACCAAAAACGUUGGUAGCAUUUCUUAAACAAACUUCUGGUGACAAUCGUGCAUCUUCCUUUUCUCCAACAGCUCAAAAAUCUGACUAGCCUUUCAGCUCCCACUGGGCUCUCCAAAAGCGCCCCCCCCCCCGGGGCGGUACCACCCAUUUUAAGAACCAUUGAGGGUUUAUAAAUCAAUAAUUGGUCUCACUGUUGUAUUUCAUCUGACGAUUUGUAAAUAAAUCAUUAGUCUAACCAUUUCAUUCCAUCAGGUGGGCUGAGAAGCGGUCUUUAUUUCACUAAUUACUCUCAUUCUUUUAUUAUUCAAGACGGUUUCAGAAGUGUUUGUUACUACACCAACUGGUCUCAGUACCGACAAGGCAAGGGCAAAUUCGUGCCAGAAAAUGUGGACCCUACCUUGUGCACCCAUCUCAUCUACGCCUUUGGCAAGCCCGAGGGGACAGACAUCUUGCCCUUUGAGUGGAACGAUGACUCUACACCCUGGAGCAAAGGAAUGUAAGAGUUUGAAAACGUGUCUUUUUGUCUCCGUACUUAGCACUUGUUUCAACACAGCUAGCCAUUGUUUCAACACUUGUUUUUUUUAGUGUUCGUUUAAUUUUAAAAACUUAAACUCUUGAAAUAUUUCAUAAAUAAUGCUGGACACUCAAAAUUGUGUGAGUAUAUGUGUGUGUGUGUGAGUGUGUGUGUGUGUGUGCUUGCGUGCUGUGUUCUCAUCAUAUUGGAUACAAUAUCUUGUAAAUAGAUUAUCUUAGUAGGAGUUAGUGAAGAGGUUAGAGGUUACAAGAGGAACAAACAAAGUUUGAAUACAAUUUCGAAGUGAACCAAUCAAGAGUGAUAUCAAAGCUAGUCGCGCUGAUGGCAAAAGACUUGUACAAAAUCCAUGUUAUUCCAGCAUAAUUUCAACUUCUGCGAUCAGCAGUUAUAGACUUUGGGGUCAGCAAGUUAUCAACUUUAGGGUCAGCGGUAUCAUCUAUAGGGUCAGCAAGCAUCAACUUUUGGGGUCAGCAGCUAUUAACUUUAAGGGGCAGCAGUUAUCAGCUUUAGGGUCAGAAGUUAUCAACUUUGGGGUCAAGGUCGUGUACCACCCGGGCCUACAUCGUAUGUUUCCCGGAAUUCCAAACCAAGGUCACCGGUUUCAAUGAUGAAUGCAUGUGAAAUUUAUGAAACAAGCAACGAAUUCAGCGUCACCUGCAAAUUUCUCUAACCUAUUUUGAACACAUCGUGAAUUUAGCAGCGUGCACCCCUUCCCCACCCCCACCCCCCCUAAAAAGCGGUUACCAAAUCUAAAUGAUCACUAACUAAGCCUAUAUUGUCAUUAAAGGAGUUCAUUGAUGGCUGAGUGCUACGCUACCGGAAUACUUUAGAUGCCUUGUGUUUAAAUUGUUAUAAUUGUGAAAAUCUUUUCUUAGAACAAAUUUGUAUUUAUUUAUGUUCUGAAAAGGAAUAUGUACAAUGUUAUAAAAAAAUAAUAAUAAAUCUAUUUAUUUGGAUAAAUAGAGAGUCUUAUCUUAUCUUAUUAGGUAUGAAAGAGCAACGGAUCUCAAACAGAGAAACCCUAACCUCAAAGUUCUCCUAGCCAUUGGAGGGUACAACAUGGCGUCGGAGCCGUUCACCACUUUCGUUGGAAGCGCCGCCAAGCGGACGGCAUUCGUCCAGUCGGCCAUUUCCUUUCUGCGUGCCAGGAACUUUGACGGCCUUGACAUGGACUGGGAGUACCCUGGUCAAAGGGGUAGCCCGCCUGAAGACAAACACAACUUAGUCCUUCUAAUCCAGGUACAGACUGUCAUCCACUGAAAGAAGUUCAAUGACAACAUUGAAUUCACGAUCGCAUAUCGUCAUGCCAGUUUUAUAUUAAAGAAACGUUGGGGGUUUUGGGGGUUUUGGGGGUCGGGGGUUGAACGUAGAUAAUUAUAUAAUUAUAAGGAAAUGUUGAAUUAUAGAUCUCAAAAUUCAUUGGAUAGUCGAUCUCUUCAUUCUUCAUUCGUGUAAUUCUUUCUUUCAUUUUGGAUGAGUCCACACUGACUAGACGCUGUAUUUUUAUCAUGUUGCUGCGUUAUUUAUUUUCUUUCCACAGCCUCCGAACCUACAUUUCAGUUGGUUUGUUAUUUCACCUAUUUCAUUUACCUGCUAAAGUAUAGCUUUUAAAAAGAUUUCAAUGAAUAUUUUACAUUUGCUGAUGAUGCAAAUAAAUCUUAAAUAAAAAAAGAAUUAGCAGAGGAGCCGCCUUCGACUGUAUCUACUCUCAUUGAUGUCACAGUAGUGUUUGGUGAUGCAAAUAAAUCUUAAAUAAAAAAAGAAUUAGCAGAGGAGCCGCCUUCGACUGUAUCUACUCUCAUUGAUGUCACAGUAGUGUUUGGUGAUUUAUGUACGGUGUGACGAAUUUUACUUUUCAUUCGACACAGAUGUGACUAGUUUGGAAAAAAAAAAGACUGCCUAACGCCGUUCUAGGAAUGAUUAUUCAAUAAUGAUUGUUUCACAACGUAUCACACGUCCAGUAAAUUAACACACAGCACAAUGUUCUCAUGUAUUGAGCAAAGCUGUCGCUGGCACCGCGCGCACCUUGCAUUCACCGUGCAUGACCGACCUAGCCGCAGCGCUACAUCAUGAUUUUUGAACAAUUUGUAUCGCUCAUGCUCAUGUUAGAUUAAAGGCGAACCAUGUUCUCCAGAUCCGGGGGCAUUUCCAACGGCAAGAAAUGUGUCUAUUCCACCCAGACAAGUCCAAGAAAACAUCUAUCAAAAAGCAUUUAAGAAAUCCUUCAUAAUUACCAACAUCUCACCAGUAACAUCCAAUUACUUCAAAAAUAAAAACUGGAAAAAAUUUUUUUUGAAAAUUUCAUGAAUAUUUAAAUUAUGUGUUUGAAAAGUAUGUAACCGGUGUCUAAGCCAGCACUUAAACAGUUUUUUUUUUUUACCUCAAGAAUUCCUUCAAGAAAUUGUUUUGUUCAUGUUUUAGAGUCAGGGGCAUUGGGUGUACAUUGAGUGCUCAUCCUGUUGGAGAAUCUAAAUAAUCAAAUUUCUAUAUAACCUCCCUCACAUAAUCUUACACGUAUAAUCUGAUUCACAUAAUCUCGCUUACAUAAUCUUACACACAUAAUUUGACUCACAUAACCAUAAUUUAUUACCCUCCCCCGGUCCAAUUUUUCCAGGAAAUGUGGAACAGUUUCCAUUUGGAAUCUCUCAACAGCCAAAAACCACGUCUGCUUCUGACCGGCGCACUUCCGGCAGGGAAGGAGAGUAUCGACGCCGGCUAUGACAUCCCCGCCAUCAUGCCGUGAGUUUUGGGCUUAGCAAACACGUACUUGACAAAAUUCAAAUGUAGCCGAUAAUCUGAAUUUAACACGUCCAAUGUGAUUCUGUUAUGUAUGAUGGUAAAAUAUUAGCUUUUUUUUAUAUAAACUUUCAUUGUGUGUGUCAACCUGAGACGUCAUUUUACCGUGGUUGCAUUUCCUUGUGCUCUGACAGGUUCAUGGACUUCAUCAGUUUGAUGACGUACGAUUUUCACGGCAGCUGGGAACCCUACACGGGCAUGAACAGUCCGCUGUUCGCCCACGAGACGGAUGUUGGGAACGACACCUACCUGAAUCUGGUGUGUUUUGUGUUGGUCUCUUGAGGAUUGUUUAAAACCUGAUGUGAUGUUUGACACGUACUCAUGAUCUAUGUCAAUUCUUUGAAAACUGACCGAAAAAAUCGUUGCAUGGUUCCUUUGCAGGAUUGGGCCGCCCAGUACUACGUGACGUUAGGGGCACCUAGAGAUAAGAUCAACAUCGGUAUAGCCACCUACGGCAGGUCAUUCCUCCUGGACAGCUUAACGAAUAAAGGGGUCAGGGCCCCUGCCUCUAAGCCAGGUGACGCCGGCACUUACACCAUGGAAAAAGGUUUUGUCUCGUACUACGAGGUGAGUCUCCUUAAGAAGGAAACAGUAGAACAGCGUAUGUCAAAGCUUCAAAUGUCGAUUCAUAUGAAGCAUAAUUUGUAUUUUUUUUCUUACACACAAAGUGAGGACUAAAUAGUUUGAUGUAAUUCACCAAGUUUUCGAAUUCAAUUUUUUUUUUAAAUAAUAUAUUUUAAAAUCUCACACUUUCAUGGAAUAGAUCAAAUGUAGGUCACUUCAAUCAACCAGUGAAUAUUUUCAGAUUGCAUUGCUGGACUGGGGAAAAAGAAACAUCUCAAACAACAUAACAAAUCCAAGUAUAUUUCUUUCACAGACAGUCAUUUGAACAGCAUGUAACAUAACUCAAGCUGCGCAGCAUUGAGCACAUCUUGUGUUGUAGUUAUGCCCCCUUCUGAUCUCAACCAUGUUGUUGAACCAUGUCCUCAGGUGUGUGAUUUAAUGAAGUCGGGGGCCCAGGUGUUUGAUGUUAAAUCCCAGAGGAACCGUUACCUGCUCAAAGGCAACUUUUGGGUCGGCUACGACGAUAUUCAAAGUGUGACGGAAAAGGUAUUUAUUUCAUUAAUAAAACUAAACACUUCGACAGAGAAAACAAAAAUAUGUUUUAAAACUUACUAAAGGCAAUGAAGUGAAAGUCAAGCAAUAUAUCAUGUCUUUCUAUUUCAAUUGCUCUUCUAUUUCCAUUGCCCUUCUAUUUCCAUUGCUCUUCUAUUUCCAUUGCCCUUCUAUUUCCAUUGCUCUUCCAUUUCCAUUGCUCUUCCAUUUCAAUUCUUCUUCUACUUCCAUGUAUCUCACCAGCGUUUUUGAAAGCUGCUAAUGAACGUGUAUCUCGGAAAUUGGUGACCUUUUAUCAGCAUUAUUUAGAGUCCGUGUGGUUUUAAUCUUCUGGGCCCCUUCCGUUACUUGGUUCGUUGCUACUCUUUUGCGCAAUAUACUUCAGCUCUACGAAUAUCUCAUUCAUAGUGUUUGAAUCCAAACUUUCGCCUUCGUCUCCUCAGGCUUGCUACACCAAACAGAACAGGUUUGGCGGGGUCAUGUUCUGGGCCCUUGACCUCGACGAUUUCAACGGGAAUACGUGUGACCAGGGCAGAUACCCAUUAAUGAACGCCGCCCUCAAAGAAAUGGGUGACCCGUCCACGGCCAGAUGCCCAGUGUAAGUCAUCACGCAAGAUAUAAUCAUGAUAGUUUCAGUGUGCCGUCUCGGAUUAGAGGGCCCCUUAUACCGGUGCCGACAAGGAGGGUUAAUCAAAGGUUUGACAUGGUCUCUUUUCCGAUUUUGACUCCGCCAUUUAAUCGCCACUAUUUCAUCGCCGGAAUUUCAUCGCCGCCAUAUCUUGCCGCCAUUUCAUCGCUGCCAUAUCUUGCCGCCAUUUCAUUGCCACCAUUUCAUUGCCACCAUUUCAUUGCCACCAUUUCAUUGCCACCAUUUCAUUGCCACUAUUUCAUCGCAAGCAUUUCAUCUCCGCCAUUUCGCCGACGUAGAUGAAGAAAAUCUUCAAAUGUUGAAGCUUCACUAGCAACUGUACCCUUGCUGCACUACCAGAGUUAGAGAUCUGUUUAAUGUUACCUCUAAAAGAAAAAAACAACAAAAAACCAAAUAGUUUCGAUUUUAAAAUAUCAAGAGUGUAGGAGGUUGGGGUGUUAUCAUUCAUUGGGUAGAUGCAAAUCAUUGGUGUUUUUUUUUUUUUUUAAAUUCGUGUCUCACACUCUCCUACUGUCUCCAAGAAGGUGUUACCUGGAUGAUCUUUCUAAAAGAAAAAAACAACAAAAAACCAAAUAGUUUCGAUUUUAAAAUAUCAAGAGUGUAGGAGGUUGGGGUGUUAUCAUUCAUUGGGUAGAUGCAAAUCAUUGGUGUUUUUUUUUUUUUUUUAAAUUCGUGUCUCACACGCGCCUACUGUCUCCAAGAAGGUGUUACCUGGAUGAUCUGCAAGUGACUGUGUAGUCUUGCAUAUAUUCGGUAGGAAGUUUCAUUUCUUCUGUUAUCUCUCCAAUGAAACAUUACAGUUGACUCGCUGCCUAACCCAUAUUUUUUUUCAUUGACAUCAAUCAAGCCGUUCAUUCUCUACCAUGUCAUUAUAGCAUGACGCAUACAGUUAAAUGAUUUCUUUCACUAAGUCGGUCAAAUGGCCCGGUGACGAAAUGGCCAAGUGGCGAAAUGGCCCGGUGAUGAAAUGGUCCAUUGGUGAAGUGGUCCGGUGACGAAAUGGCCCGGUGGUGAAAUGGCCCGGUAGUCAAAUGGCCAGGUGAUGAAAUGGCCCGGUGACGAAAUGGCCCGCUGAAGAAGAUCAUUCAAGUCCCUUUGACAUGUUUUGGAACAAAAUAUUAUCACACUACUAUAUCCAUAUAUUAUAUACAAAAAUUUAUGUAAAUUUUUUUUAAAAUAUUGACAGCUUUAUUUUAAUUAUCUAUAAAUGGCGUGUUAUAAUAUAAACUAUAUAACCACACACUUAAUGUGUGAUAAUAGUAGGUCCAUAAAAUUAAUUUAAAAAAUAUUCUUCAUGUAGAUAUUUAAAACAUGAAAUCUAGCAUCCAAUUCUUUCCUUGAUACGUUAGCUGUACGUUAUUUCCACAGCAAAUCAUCCAGUCCUACUUCACAAACUCCACAAUCAGCCACCAGCGCAGGUCCAAGUGAGUUACUCAAAUUUUUGCAACUUUGUAGCAAUGGAUUCUGAAACUGUACACACUAACACCCAGUUUAGUUACCCUGUACUUAGAAUUAGCCGUGUAUCUAUAAUCGUACUUUGUUGAGAUUUCUAGCACUUCUAAUACUUGAAUGGUUCAACUAAUGUUUUCCUGAUUAUGUCUUCGCCCGCCCGUCCCCACCCACAUCUAACCCCCUACACCCCCACCCCAUUAGACCAAGCUGUUAUCGCCCAGACGCUCGGUGAAUUCAACUGUGUCGGACAACGCAAUGACUUCUACGCUGAUCCUGUUUCCUGUAGCAGCUUCUACGUCUGCGCUGAUCACGUGAGUGAGACGUCAUCGUGCACUUACACAGGGUCCAAUUCAUUUAACAUCUUUAUAAAACAGAAAAUACGCGCAAAAUGAUACAAUUUGACAAGAACACCAAAUCAAAUACUGUGUCAUAAGGUUGGCUAGAAGUUUUAUGGCGAUAGAACAACAGAAAAAAAUUUUUGUUUUUUUUUAAUAAAUUAAAUGCAUACAUCAGCAAUAUACAAUGAGCAAGAUUGUAUUGUUUGGGCUUCCAAAUCUUUCCAGGAAUGCCUUCUUGAAUAUAUUUUUUUUUAUUCAUCUUACAUAAAAUCGUUAAAAUAAGCUGAUAAGCUGAGAACUGACCUAUGACCUAUCAACUCUUCUAUGGUCAAAUGCGAUGGCGGUUGACAUAGUUUUUCCUUGAUCCGUCCAGGUCCCCUACAAAGUCACGUGUGCGAUGGGAAUGCACUACAAUGAAGUCAUCAAGUCAUGUGACUACGCUUACCUGGCCAACUGUCACAGAGAGGACGCCGCGUGAGUUAUCACUCUUCUUUAGUCUCCUGGGGCAAGUCAUUAUCACUACUCGGGGAACCUUCAAAUCUAAACAACUCUUGGAAAUUUACUUGACUUCAUUGCAUCUGGUUCUCAUAAAAUUAAUUUGAUUGCUUCCAAUUCUCGACGUUUAAGUUCCCACGCUUCUUCCCUUCUUGUCGCCAACACUCAAUGGACUUAUUUUUCCCUAAUAGAUGUAAAAAAUCCAUAAUUUAUGUCUAACCAAAGUCAAUCGAAGGAUCGAUUUCUCCCAGUUCCUCCAUCUGCGAAACAAAAUGUAAAUUCAAUAUCCUCCGAAUAAAUGUUACUGUGGCAGCAUACUUUAACAAACUUGUAACUGGUCGGCAUGAAAUAACAGAAAUUGUAUAUAUAUUUUUUUUUAAAUGAAUUCGCUUUAUCCCUUAAAGUAUCCUUGGCGUGUAGACCUAUUGGACACACGCUGAUUAAGGAAUAAAGAUAUCUUUAUUUUACAAACCAGGCACACGGUCAGCACAACACCACACAGCCCCCCUAUCACAGUGACCACAGGUAUAUGCUUGCUAACGUGUAUUGUCAUUUGACUAAUUUCCACCAAUUAAAUAUAUAUAUUAAACGAUUAUUUAACUAUUUAGCAAAAUUAUUUUCUUCCCUUUACCCCCCCCCCCCAAAAUCCCAAAACAUUAUUGAACACAAAUUGUAAUCCUCCAGGUACAAACGUCAUCAGCAAUCCUUGCAGUGGCGUGUCCAAGGUUAUGGUGGCCCACCCAGACGACUGCCAUAAGUAUUUUUACUGCGGCCCGGACGGCGGCAGUUUCUUGUUGGAGUGCCAGCCCCCGCUGGUCUUCAACCCCAGUGUCCAGAUGUGCGACCUGUUCUCGAACUACCCUUGCACUAACCCGCACAAACUCCAGUGAAGACAUCAAACAUCCAAACAUUUGGUCUUGCUGUCACCAUGUCGUUGUCUAUAAGCGAAGGUUUUUUACGCCAGGGAAGCUGUUUUGGUUAUCGAGUGAACAGUGUCAACCGAGUGGAACAAGAGCAGCAUCAUGUGUCAGUUUUCUCGUCAAUUUUCAUCCAAAAACAAGUUGUGGUCUAACAGUUUUCAGAUUUUCGCACAGAAAUGUUAUUCAGGAGCGUGAGGUCGUACACUUGAAGUUGCAAAAAAAAAAAAAAUUAAACAUUUCAAAGACUCCGGCUUGGGAAAGUAUUUUUUUUUUAAAGGGAGGGAUUUUUUAAAUUAUUUUUUUUUUUACACUUAACUCGAUAUAAUUUAAAUUUGGUAAAGAAAUCUUUUUUUUUUUUUUUUUUUUUUUUUUUUAAGGUAGGGAUUUUUUAAUUUUUUUUUUUUUUUACAUUUAAUUUGAUUUAAUUUAAAAUUGAUAAAAAAAUUUUUUUUUUUUUUUUUUUUUUUUGGUUUAAAAUUUACAUGACUGAAGAGUGAUUUGAAUUUAACAAUCACGUGUAAAUCAACCAACCGGGUUAUUGUAUAAUCUUAUGUGUGGGAGAAACAAAGAUGUUAUCCAAUGUCCUAAUGUUUACCAUUUCACGCCUUUGCUCUGAGCCUAAAAAGUUAUUAUCAGACUAAGUGCGCACUCCAGCUGACUAAGGCUGAAUCAUGGAGCCCAUUGGCUUAUCGGUAGCAGGUCAUGUUUGUCGGCGAUUCAAGUAAUCUUCAACAGCUGUGAUAAAGUACUUCAGUUCCCACACGAUCUCAGUCCCAGGUAUCAGAAAGCAUCCCCUUCGCCUAUUCAAGUCCCAUAAUAAGGCUUGUAUCGUCACUUGAUACACUCUAAAUAUGUAUUCGUUUAUAAAAGUAAGACUAACUUAAUAUUUAUGAGAAAACUUGACAUUUAGGUCUGCAAUUCUCUAGACAUUGAUUUAAUUUUGAAUUGGUUUUUUUUUUUUUUUUUUUUUUUUAUUUUACGGACGGUAUGCAAAAUUAAAUUUCUCAUUUCGGCCCAUUUUAUUUUUUUUUUUUUUUUUUUUUUUUUUUUUUUUUUUUUUUUUUUUUUUUUUUUUUUUUUUUUUUUUUUUUUAGUUUACGGACGGUAUGCAAAAUUAAAUUUCUCAUUUCGGCCCAGCCAAUGAAAUAUUUUCAUUACUUUAGAAAUUCACUUUUUAACAAGACACAUUUCGUUAGAUAGUUUUUAAAACUGCUAUAUGAGAUGUAGUUAGGAUCCUCAGUUUAUAAUCACAGUCUAGUGUUCUUCUCUUUUGAAUAUGAUUUAUCAUAUUCGUGUCAUGUAACAUUUACUGUAAGCAGAUUUCUCUUAUGUCUCGUGCUAUUAUUCGAGUCAAAUAAAGUGACUUCUUUUGUUACUCAGUAA